AUAAGAACAUCAAACAGGUUCUCCCCACUCAGUGACGCACCCACUGAGAAUCCUGUUGAAAGUGCCCUAGUAAUUGGCGAUUCUAUUACACGGAACAUGAAAAUAGAGACACCAGCCACCAUAGUCACAUGUUUGCCGGGAGCCAGAGCACCUGACAUCAAAGCAAAUUUAAAAGUGCUGGCUAAUGCUAAUCGUAAAUACUCUAAAAUUAUUAUUCACGUCGGCACAAAUGAUGUUCGACUUCGCCAGUCGGAGAUCACUAAAAUUAACAUUAAAGAGGUGUGUGAACUCGCAAGUACAAUGUCAGGAGAAGUAAUUUGCUCUGGUCCCCUUCCUGUUCGUCGGAGUGAUGAGAUAGUUAGCAGAUUAUCAUCACUCAAUGGCUGGCUGUCUAAGUGGUGUCCGCAGAAUAAUAUAGGUUUCAUAGAUAAUUGGAAAAGUUUUUGGGGCAGACCUGACCUGUUGAAAAGAGAUGGUAUUCAUCCCUCCCGGGAUGGUGCUGCUCUUCUCUCUAGUAAUAUGGCACAUAGUGUCCAGGGAAAAGAGGAAGUCCUCGAGCCAGUUGAGGGACAGGUCAAGUGGAAAGGACCAGGAGCCCUAACUAUCCCUUCAAGAAGUGAAAUGUACGCAGUGUGUAAAGUGGAGUGUGAGAAGCCACUGAGAAAAUACAUAUUUAUACCAAUGGAUAGUCAACUUCCAGCUGGACUGUUUAUUCUUCAAACUUUUCUGUCUUCUUCUGCCAUUGAUGAGAACAACUUCAGAGUGCUGGUCUGCAAUGAGACCUUUAAAGACAUCAGCAUCCCCAUGGACACAGUCACAGUUACACCAGAUGCUCCAACUGAUCCAAAGAUAGAUCCCAAUGUGUUCAAGUUUGGUGACUCUCCUAUUCCUGCUGAUUGGGAGAAAAGGCUUAGGGAGAAGUUAGCUGAACACAGAAAUGUGUUUUCCCUUGAGGAGUGGAAUGUGGGAUGA